GCGAGGUCCUGCUAUUAGUUUGCCAAGCUGAUGAUCCAAUGGUCCUGGGGACUCUCUCGCAACACCGAGGUCCGUCCUCCAGUAAUUUGUUGUGUAUCCCACAAUUCGUUUCGGUGCGUCUUUUGUGAGCGGAGGAGCGACCUACGUGCUCGGCGAGUGUCUGCGGUGCAUCUCUGCAGAGCCUUGGCAAGGCGACAGCGACACACAUUCGGGGUAACCCGGGGCUGCUCGGGAAGGACCAUCCCAACACGGGGCUGGAUAUUAUUACAUCGAAUGCCUUUUUUUAAUAUCCGUCUAUUGCGCGAACGCCGAUUUAAUUUUAAACUUGCCGGUUAAUGCGAUGACUAUGUAAUCACUUUCAGGAGCUGAUUAAACAUCCAACUGAAAUCGCAUUUCUACCCGUAUGUUCAAUGAAGAGGAUUGUAUUUUGUCGCCACCGAAGCGAGCGCUUUUGAACACCGAUUAUUUGUAUUUUUCUUAGAUUUUUUUUCCCACAUCUGACUCCCGAAUGGGGGCUUUGUUAAGGAAUAUACAUUGAUCAAGAAAAUAGGAAAAUCUGUCGAGUUCAGGAGGAGAUCGGAGUGUUUUUUCAUCCGGGAGCUGGGGAUAAUAUGUCCAGAAGAAAACAGACCAACCCCUUCAAAGUUAAUUGUAGGUAUCGCAGGGUCGUUCCCCAUAGCAGGGCUGUCCGGUCCUGAGCACACAAUGAACACUGAGGGCAGGGAGGACUUUGCCGAAGACAGCGAGUGUCACAGCAACAAUUCCCAGGAUCCGGGGGAGCAGGACAGCGUUACUGACGACAGUGACAGCGAUCCAGACAACCCUGGCGAGGACUCCUCCUCAAACACGUCGGCCGACGACAGCAUGAUGGGCGUCAAAUCCGGCCAAUGCCCCCUGCAAGGGGGGGAGGUGAAGGAGGAGAGGGAGGAGGGAAGCGAGCUGGGGAACAGCUACCUGUGUCCGCUGUGCACGCUGGAGUUUGGCAGCCCGGAGCAGCUCAUUGCUCAUGUUUAUCAGCACACGGCGACGGUGGGCAGCAGUAAGAGCUACGUGUGCCCCGUGUGCGGCCGUGCCCUCAGCUCGCCUGGCUCCCUCGGCCGCCACCUCCUCAUACAUUCUGAGGACCGACUGUCCAACUGCGCCGUGUGUGGGGCACGCUUCACCAACACCAACAACUUCAACAGGGAGAAGCUGAAGGAGUUUCUGAAUGUGGGCAGCGGAGAGAGUAGCAGCGGCGAUGAGGCAUGCGGCCUGUCGCAGGUGUUCUCCAGCACCCCCAUGGCUGACGGCGGCCCAGGCGCAACGCUGCCCUCGCUGUCCGACAGCCUCCUGUCCCCGGGCCCCGCCCUGCCCUCGCUCCCAGAUGGCCUUAGCCCCCCCGGCCCUGGGCUGCCCCCGCUGGCCGAUAUCCUGGGCCCGACUCCAGUCUACCCGGCCGGGGUGCUGCUGGUGUGCAACACGUGCGUGGCGUACCAGCAGCUGGUGGAGUCGCAGUCACCGUCCACGCGCAAGUGGGCUGUGCGGCGCAAGAACGAGCCGCAGGAGGCACGCAUGCAGCGGCUGGAGCGCGAGCGCACUGCCAAGAAGAGCAAACGGGCACGUGAGACGGCUGAGGAGCGGGAGAUGCGGCGGCUGCGUGACCGCGAGGCCAAGCGGCUGCAGCGCAUGCAGGAAACGGAGGAGCAGCGGGCUCGCCGGCUGCAGCGGGACCGUGAGGCCAUGCGUCUCAAGCGCGCCAAUGAGACACCGGAGAAGAGGCAGGCGCGGCUGGUCCGCGAACGCGAGGCCAAGCGGCUCAAGCGGAGGCUGGAGAAGAUCGACCCGUCGCUGCGGACUCAGAUCGAACAUGACCCUGCCGCCAUGGCCGCCCUCACUGCUGACAUGAGCCUCUUCCAGUUCCCCUGCCCCAUGCCUUGCCCCCCGCUGGACGCUGGGCUCCUAAUGAAGCUGCCCUAAGGCCGAGCCGGCCUGUACCAUGUUCUCUCCCAUGGGGGAGGGAGACAAACGUGCGUCACAUCCGCCUUGGGGGGGGGGAACCUCCCCAGCAAAGCACGCCCAAUCAGGUUUGGCUCCAGCUUCAGGCGUCCAGUAGAACUACCUUCUAGUCUGGACGUAAACUUAAAAGGAUAAACACAGGGUCGAAUCUCUCUAACCCCUCCCCCGCACCCCAACCCUAACCUGAACUUUAUGACAUCAUCAAGCAUGCCCCGAAGAUGAUGUGCUGCUCUCCUGAAAUGUCAUACCCACUCUCCCCACGCCAAGCGCCUUGAGCGGGGGAGGGACGUCGCUCGUGCCCGGACUAGCGGCGACGGGAUCCACAUUCCACCCCUCACCCCUUCCAUCCACCUGCCUGCCGUUUCCCGGAAGCGCCCCCCAGCUGCCACUGCAGGUCACUGGCAGGUUCACACCGACUGAAUCCACAUCUACCUCGCGUGAGGGUCUCGGGGUACCCUCUUUGGCCCCUGACUCUAUUCCAGAUAGCUCCGUCGAGAAGUCGACACCACAUCCUCCUGGAAAGCACUCUUCGGCUCACUCCUGUGUCCUCCUCAAACCGGAGCCGACUCCUGGCGCUGCGUUGAGAAGACAUUGACGGUUGGCGUGACUUCAACUCCUGUCUGUUCUCGAAAGAAGAAAUUAGCGUUAGCGACCCAGGGGCCUGUGCAGUCUGCCCACGGCUGGCCUGGAGGACCCACCCGGUCUCCCCGCCAAGCCUGUGGACCGUGUACCUCACUGGAUCGGGACCCAGCAAACACUGCCAAUCGCUAGUGUCUUCUCACUCUCCUUACUGGUCACAUUGACCUCCCUGAACCUGAUUUUGCACAUUGCUCCAUGUAGGCUUCUGAGUGCCCCGGAAGGACAUCCCAGAUUCCAGGAAGAGGCCCAGUGCGAAACUUGGAUGUCUUUUGCUGCUGUGUGUGUCCAUUACCUCUAUGAAGCUAGGAGGAGCUCCGUACUCCCUUUACGAGAGCUUGUCAGGAGCCGGGAGACACCCCAAGGAGCUACCUUCCUGGCCCCCCCAUGAAAUGCAUGCCCACAUGGUCUUUGUCAUGGAUAAGUUCGUUUUAUGUUAUGCCCUGUCCCCACCCCCCAAUGCCUUUUAAUUAUGGAUUGUAACUUAUUUGAAUGCUCAGUCUCUCUUGAUCAAUGACUAAUGAAAGAAUCUAUUUGGUAAUACAGCGUUUCAAUGAUCUAAUUUGUCAUCAUUCGGCAUUAUAAUUGAACCGCGUCAAAGCAGAGAAAAUCCGGUCAUUACCAGGCUGCCAACCUGUUGGGAGUGAUCGUUCUGAUGAGAUGUUUACUGAAGCUUCACCGAACGCACUACAGCGCCCGGCUCUGUUUGGGCCAUUCCAAGGAGGGAACCGGUUGGCUGUUCAGAACGGGCGCGGCCUUCUUCGGAAAGGCGGUGGUCUUCUUCGGAAAGGGCGUGGCCUUCGUCGCUCUGUAAAGCUGGCACCCGGGGUGGUUCCAACCGCUAUGCAAAUGACGGGAAAAUGACACUUAACUAUGCAGAUUGCGUGGCAAAAACAGGGCACAAGCGUAACAAAAAAAAAUAAAUAUAUAUAUAUGCGUAUAGAUACCGUGCAACUGCAACUCAGACAAUGCAACUCUGUGGCACCUGAGCUCUCAGAUGCGAUGGGACAGAGUCCUCGGUAACUGUUUACCUCCGGUAUGGAGCCUUCAUGGUUCCGGUAUGGAGCCUGCAUGGUUCCGGUGCAGACCUGCAAAGAUUACAGGCCCACAAAGAUUACAGGCCCGGGAGACCAACUCUAAGCUGAAGGCUCACACUCAGUCACAACAACUAAGGCUUGCACGCGAGCCAGCUGUUCCGCAACAAAAUCCUCCUAUAAGCUGUUUUUUUUUGGCAUCCACCCGUUUAUUAGUGGUAACUAAUUUCUGAAUCCGUUUCACUAUGUGCAUAAAUUACCUCAGUUUCCCUUUACUGUAUGCUGCCUGCACGCUAAAGGGUCACGCAUCAUCACCGUCUGUGAAGCCGAACAAUCCGGACACGCGUGCCGAGCCGGGGACCCGCGGCAGCCAAUCAGCACGUCCGGGAUACUUUGAAGUCUAAAGGUGGGAUCCCAGGGGGUGUCCGCCCCACCCCACUGCCAGACUGGAUUAGCUCAGCACUGCAUGUUUGCAAAAUUACGAUUUGAAGUGACACUCGUCGAAGUAUGUUUCUAGCGUCUGACAGUGACGAUAUGCUUGCCCUUUAUAGAAAUUUGUUUUUUCAAAAUGUUCUGGCCUUCUGCUAGGUUUUCAGGAAGAUCAAUGUUCAUGUUUACAAAAAAACAACAAACCCUGACAAAGGCCAAAAUAAAAUGAUUGAAAAACAAACCAAAAAAAAGAUGGAUGGGUGUGUCAUUCUAUGUGGGACCCAGUUCUGUUACUGGACUAACAGAUGUACAGGUGGAAAUAAAACACCGGGGAGUUUUUCUUAUGUG